CAACAUGCAAACACCAUUGCUGUAUCUCUACCUACUGCUGGUGACAUGUCUUCUUCUCUUGGAAGAAGCACAUGCGGCGCGCCAUGGAGGGAUCUCACUGAGGUCUCAACACAUGGCCCUCCUCCAUUGGAAAGCUACGCUUGCGAGCCCACCACUGCUGAUGAGCUCUUGGCAGGAGAACACCAGCCCAUGCAAAUGGACGGGCAUCAUGUGCAUGGCUGUUCGCCAUGGCCGCCACAGGCCCUGGGUGGUGACCAACAUGUCCCUGCCAGAUGCUGGCAUCCAUGGCACUCUUGGUGAGCUCAACUUCUCAGCUCUUCCUUUCCUCGCAUAUAUUGACCUUAGCAGCAACAAUCUCCAUGGUCAAAUACCAGCUAAUAUCAGCUCUCUAUCAUCACUAUCUUAUCUUUACCUCGACAUUAACCAGCUCACGGGGGAAAUUCCGCAUGAGAUUGGUGGCCUGCAGAGUCUCACCCAGCUUGGUCUCUCAUUUAAUGGACUAACAGGACAUAUCCCUGCAUCUCUGGGCAACCUAACCAUGUUAACUGAUCUUGUCAUUCACCAAAAUAAGGUAUCAGGUCCCAUUCCUGAGGAGAUUGUCAAGCUUGUCAACCUACAACUUCUAGCACUAAGCAACAACACCUUAACCGGUUUGAUACCCAAAACCCUUGAAAAUCUGACCCAACUAAAUACUUUGUACCUGUAUGGUAAUCAACUUUCAGGGCCUAUACCCCAAGAACUAGGCAGGCUAGUCCAUUUGCAAAGUCUUGACCUUAGUUCAAAUGAUUUAUCAGGUCGAAUUCCAAUCUCCAUAACCAAUCUGACUAAGAUGAAAACACUUUUUCUCUUUGAAAAUCAAAUGACAGGUCCAAUACCCCCAGAACUAGGCAACCUCGCCAUGCUAAACCACCUUGAUCUCCAUAGUAAUCAAAUAACAGAUUCAAUACCCCCGGAACUAGGAAACCUCACUAUGCUCAGUGAACUUUAUCUCUAUACAAAUCAAAUAACAGGCCCAAUACCUUUUGAAUUGGGCAUGUUACUGAAUCUCGAGGAAUUAGACUUGUCUGAUAACCAAAUAUCAGGCUCUAUUCCCCAAGAGAUUGGCAAUCUGAUGAACCUCAAAUAUUUACACUUGUUUCAGAAUCAAAUUUCGGGAUCAAUACCUAAAACUUUUGGGAAGUUGCAAAGCAUGCAAGGACUGCAAAUGUACGAUAACAAAUUAUCAGGUUCUCUUCCUCAAGAAUUUGAAGAUCUUAUCAGCCUUGUUACACUUGGGUUGUCUAACAACUCAUUUUCAGGACCUUUACCCGCAAAUAUAUGUUCGGGAGGAAAACUUCAAUAUCUCAUUGUCUUCUCUAAUAUGUUCAAUGGCCCCAUUCCAAGGAGUUUAAAGACAUGUAUGAGUUUGGUUGAAAUUGAGCUUCAGUCGAACCAAAUAACAGGAGAUAUAUCUCAUCAUUUUGGUGUGUAUCCACAACUCACAAAGAUGAUCUUGGGAUCGAAUAGACUCUCUGGGCACAUCUCACCAAAUCUAGGUGCAUCUACCCAACUAACAGUGCUACAUCUAGCACAAAAUAUGAUUACGGGUUCCAUACCUCCAAUCCUUUCUAAAUUGUCCAACCUAGAAGUACUAAGACUUGAUUCUAAUCAUCUCAGCGGCAUGAUUCCACUAGAAAUCUGUGCUUUAGCAAAUCUAUAUAGCCUGAACUUAUCAUCGAACCAAUUAUCUGGAUCUAUACCUACACAUGUAGAAAAGCUAAGCAAUCUAGGUUACCUUGAUAUAUCUGGGAACAAGAUGACUGGAUUAAUACCUAGGGAACUAGGGGCCUGCAUGAAACUAUUGUCCUUGAAGAUCAACAACAACAACUUCAGUGGGAGUUUGCAUGGUGCGAUUGGAAAUUUAGCAGGCCUACAAAUCAUGCUAGAUGUGAGCAACAAUAACCUCAGUGGUUUGUUGCCGCGGCAACUUGGGAAGUUGGAGAUGCUAGAAUUUCUGAAUUUAUCACAUAAUCAGUUCAGCGGAAGAAUCCCACCCUCCUUUGCAAGCAUGGUGAGCCUGUCAACACUUGAUGUAUCCUACAACGACUUGGAAGGACCAGUCCCAACAGCAAGGCUACUUCAAAAUGCUUCAGCAAGUUGGUUUCUUCCCAAUAAAGGUCUGUGUGGUAACCUCUCUGGCAUGCCACCUUGUUAUUCAACUCAAGUAGGAAGUCACGAUAAAAAGAAGACACUUGGUUUUCUUUUGACAAUUGUUCUUGUUUUGGGUUCCAGCAUUGUUGCUGCGAUUACUGUCAUAAUAAUGCUUAGCUGUAACAAGAGAAAACCACAAGAAAGUGCUACUGCUGAAGGAAGGGACAUGUUCUCUGUUUGGAAUUUUGAUGGAAGAUUAGCAUUUGAUGAUAUUGUAAGGGCAACAGAAGACUUCGACGAGAAGUAUAUCAUUGGAACAGGAGGAUACGGCAAAGUCUAUAAGGCACAACUCCAAGACGGGCAUCUAGUUGCUGUGAAGAAGCUUCAUCAGACUGAAGAAGAGUUGGAUGACGAAAGAAGAUUUCACAGUGAAAUGGAAAUCUUAUCACAGAUCCGACAACGAAGCAUCGUCAAAAUGUAUGGAUUCUGCUCCCAUCCAGUGUAUAAAUUUCUUGUCUACGAGUACAUUCAGAGGGGUAGCCUCCAUGGGACAUUGGAAAAUGAGGAGCUAGCAAAGGAAUUAGAUUGGCAGAAGAGAAUUACUCUUGCAACUGAUGUGGCUCAAGCAAUAUCUUAUUUGCACCAUGAAUGCAGUCCACACAUAAUCCAUCGAGAUAUCACGAGCAACAACAUCUUGCUUGAUAUAACCUUCAAGGCUUUUGUCUCGGAUUUCGGCACAGCAAGGAUUCUUAAGCCCGAUUCAUCAAACUGGAGUGCACUAGCAGGAACAUAUGGCUACAUAGCUCCUGAACUAUCAUACACAUCUGUUGUGACAGAGAAAUGUGAUGUGUAUAGCUUUGGUGUGGUUAUGCUAGAGCUACUGAUGGGGAAGCAUCCAAGUGAUAAAUUAGACCGUAGUUUGCCAAGCGAGAAACAAGCUAUGUUGGUGAAAGAUAUUCUGGACCAACGACCGACCACACCAACAAUAACAGAAGAAAAUAACUUAUCUCUGCUCAUUAAGUUGGCAUUUUCUUGCUUGGAAUCUUCUCCACAAGCAAGGCCAACCAUGCGGGAGGCACACCAAACACUCAUAUGCUUUUCAGCCCACUUACAUUACAGCAAGUAAAGGAUGCAUGUUGGUAUAUGAUCCAAAACCUAGUGAGAAGCCAUGGUCUAUCGUAGUGGAAGCAAUUUAGGUUUCCGUUUUGCCUCGAGUCAUCAUAUGCCACCUAUAUAUGUUGAAGUAUGAAAUCCAUUCAUGUCAUCUCGUAGAUUUUAUUUCUAGUAACGAUAAAAACCGGUCCAUGCAGCGUGAGCCUGUUCACGACAUGGCCAGAUCUGUAGAUGCAUCCUGUUACGAUCGCCUUGUGGGAUGGCAUGAGUGCCAACCGUCGCAGCUUAGAACUUGAGGCAUGGUCAAGGGACGUGGGAUGGCACGUCGGUGAAGCUUGGUCAUGGCACAAGAUUAGGACCUUUGUGUUAGCUAGUUGAGCUAAUGAGCUAUUUAAAUAAAAAGGAGAACAAAGCAGAAACACAGCACAAAUAUCCUGAGUGUUCACUAAUUCUUCUACCUCCCGU